AUGGUCCGCUUCCCGUCGGUCCUCCCUCGCGCCCGCUCCUCCAUCGCCUACCUCCUCGGCAACGGUCCGCCCUCGCCUGCCCUCCUCGCCCCACCGGCCGCCCACGACCCCAUGAGCAACACGCCCAGCACCUCAACUCGGCCCCUCGACCUGCGCCCCACCGUCCACGCCCACAGCGACGACGCGCACGUCGUCGUCCCGCUCACGCCCACGAGCGCGUCGCUCGUCCGCCGCGCCACGAGCCGCCGGGUCGGCCCGCCGCGCAGGCAGAACGAGAUCGAGCAGGACCGCCUCCAGGGGCUCAUGCGCAGCGACACGGCCGUGAGCCGCUCGGCGGGCGGCAGCGGGGGAGGAGGCGGUGCAGCCGAGGAGGCGAGGGCCGAGCGUUGGGCGAGGCUCAAGGUCUGGUUUGCUCGCGAGGGUCCGAGCAAGCUCGUCUUCGUCCUGUGGAUCUUCCUCCAGCUCGCCAUGCUCGGCGUCGGCGUCAUGCGCUACGACAUGGGCUCCAACUUCACGCAGGCUCGCGCCACGUUCGGCAGCACCUACGUGAUCGCGCGCGCGUCCGCCUUCGUCCUCCACGUCGACAUCGUCUUUAUCCUCCUUCCUGUCUGCCGCAGCUUCGUCAGCCUGCUCAGAAGGUCGCCUAUGAACCGCGCCAUCCCGUUUAACAAGAGCGUCGCGUUCCACGAGAUCGUCGCCUGGUCCAUCGUCUUCUGGAGCGUCGUGCACACCGUCGCCCACCUCGUCAACUCGUGGUGGCUGGCGGCGACGAUGACGAGCAGCGCCGUCACCUGCCUGCUCGCCGCCCUCAUGGUCAACGGCUCGACGGGCCCGUUCAUCACGGGCUGGAUCAUGCUCGCCCUGCUCGGCGUCAUCGCGUGGUUCGCCGCCGAGAAGAGGAGGAAGAAGCACUUUCAGCGGUUCUAUUACUCGCACCACCUCGCCGUCAUCUUCUUCUUCCUGUGGCAGCUGCACGGCAUGUUCUGCAUGAUCCGGCCCGACAAGCCGCCCUACUGCGCCUGGUCCCAGAUCGGCGUCUUCUGGCUCUUCUGGUCGUUCGGCGCCAUCGUCUACGUCUCGGAGCGCAUCCUGCGCGAGGUCCGCUCGCGUCACCGCACCUACCUGAGCAAGGUCAUCGUCCACCCGGGCAACACGGUCGAGCUCCAGAUCAAGAAGGAGAAGACGACGUCGCGAGCGGGCCAGUACAUCAUGGUCAACUGCCCGGCCAUCUCCCUGUGGCAGUGGCACCCGUUCACGCUCACGUCGGCGCCCGAGGAGGACUGCCUCUCGAUCCACUUUCGUGUCGUCGGCGACUGGACGCAGGACCUCGCCGACGCUCUCGGCUGCGAGCUCGACGGGCGCGACAACAUCUCGAAGGAGAUCGGCGGCGAGGAUGCCGUCGUGCCGCUCGUCUCGGUCCUGCCGCGCAUCAUGGUCGAUGGCCCGUUCGGUACGGCGUCCGAGGACGUGCUCAAGUUCCAGGUCUCGCUGCUGGUCGGCGCCGGUAUCGGCGUCACGCCUUUCGCCUCGAUCCUCAAGCACAUCUGGUACCGCUUCCACGACGCCAACGGCGAGCCGAUGAAGCUCAACAAGGUCUACUUCUUCUGGAUCUGCCGCGACUACUCGUCUUUCGAGUGGUUCCAGAGCCUGCUUGCCGCCAUCGAGGCGCAAGACCUUGGCAACUGCAUCGAGAUCCACACCUACCUCACCGGCCGCAUUCACGCCAACGACGUCAUCAACAUAUUCGCCAACGACGUCGGCAACGAGCUUGACGCCGUCACGCAGCUGCGGUCGCCCACUCACUACGGCCGCCCCAACUGGGACCGCAUCUUUGCCUCGCUCGCCGAGCAGCACCCGGCGACCGACAUCGGGACUUUCUUCUGCGGGCCCGAGCCGCUCGCCAAGACGCUCCACAAGACGUGCAUCAAGUUCACGAGCGUCGGCAAGGGCAAGACGCGCUUUCUCUUCAGCAAGGAGCGCUUCUGA